AUGAAGGCAAAACAAAAGACGAAAGGCAGGAAUCAGACCACCACCGCGACAGAACCGAGUUUUCCUCCCCCACCCCCUUCAGAAGAAGUCCUUCACAAAAUUACUGCAGACUUUCUAAGAGACUGCUACGCUCUUGAGGAGAGCGGUUGCGCUGUAUGCGGUGAGCUCAAGCCCUUGACGUCUCUGACGGCUUUAUCAGACAUUGUAAACACACUUAGCCCCUUAAUCGCAGACGACGUGGGCGUCAAAGAAGAUGGAAGUGCUCGAGAUCAAGGAAAGCCUGUUCUCGCGCCGGGCUUAGACCAGGUGUGCUCUGACUGCCGAGGCCCUCUUUCGAGAAACCAAAUGCCGCGUAUGGCGCUUGCGAACGACUUGUGGAUCGGUGAAGUUCCCUUGGAACUUCGACAACUGCGAUACUUCGAGCGAAUACUUGUUCAGCGAGUCCGUCACAACGCGGUAUUUGUUAAAGUCGCAGGUGGGUACCGCAAGUCCAUCGCCCAUGUAAUCUCGUUUCCGGUGGAUACCGAGGAGAUUUACGGCAAGCUACCUCCUACGAAA